AUGGAAUCUCCUACUGAUCACAAAGUGUCUAGUGAAGGACCCGGUAACCAAUCCGGGGGGGGGAUAGCUAGCCAUUUUAACUCAGCUGAGCAAUCUGGUGAAGGACCCGUUUUUAACGGGGGGAUAACUAGAUCGGCUGGAUCAGGCAGGGGCCAAAAGAGAAAAAUGAAUCUGCAGACCUACGAAAUUAAGUACCAAGCCAUUAUUGACAUUGAGAAUGGGAUUAAAAAUAAAGCUGUUGCCAACAAGUACGGGGUACCACAAAACACACUAUCUACCUGGGUUAAGAAUAAGGUUUCAAUAAAAGAAAAAUUUCUUGCCGCUGAUAUCGGGUCAUCUAGAAAAAGAGAUAAAAAAGCAAAAUUUCCAGAAUUAGAAAACGCACUCAUUAAAUGGUUCGCCCAGGUACGAUCUCAGAAUAUUCCACUAUCUGGGGAAGUAGUAAAACUUAAAGCAAAAGAGUUUGCUACCAAAUUAGGCCUAUCUGACUUUGAAUCAUCUACAGGCUGGUUAGACCGCUUUAAAGAAAGAAAUAAUCUUUCAUUUAAGAAAGUCUGUGGGGAAUCAAAAUCUGUUGACUCCCAAUCCAAUCAAAUGCUUGAUUGGCAGACUAAAUUGAAGUCUAUUCUUCAAGAAUAUCAGCCCUGUGAUAUUUACAAUGCCGAUGAAACCGGUAUUUUUUUCCGGCUGCUACCCGAUAAGACACUUGAGUUUAAAGAUGUAAAGUGUCACGGGGCACUGAUAAACUCCCACUAUUAG